UGGAGGUGCCGAUCGCUUUGUUGUCGUAGCUGCUAUGCAGGGGUGGGCUAUAGCGCCCUCACAUCUGCUCGCCUGCUGCCUCGGACAGGAUUAAGUUACAGUACUUCAGACUGGCCUCUCAGUGUCGAGAGGGAAACGCCGGAGACUGUACCGGGAAUUUGAAACACUGGCAAAACUCCGACUUCAAGCAGCGUUCCUUGAGAAUCACAUCCCGUGGUCUUUCCCGUUGGACUGGAACAAUGCCUGUGGCUCUCGGCGAGAUGAUAACAGACAAUCGCUUUUGCGUUGAAAAAAAGGCGUCUUUUGUGGACAACAGCCACCGUGUGGUGCCCUGUGUGGGUCGCGCAACCAGAUGUUGUCUCCGUAGCUCCCACCACAGCAAGAGAGUCGGGAAUUACGUGAUCGGCAGGAAGCUGGGAGAGGGGUCGUUCGCCAAAGUUCGGGAAGGGCUCCACGCAUUGACCGGCGAAAAGGUAGCAGUAAAAAUCAUUGAUAAAAAGAAAGCAAAAAAAGAUUCCUACAUGACACGAAAUCUGAGACGCGAGGGGCAAAUCCAACAAAUGAUCCGGCACCCUAAUAUCACCCAGCUGUUUGAUAUUCUGGAAACCGAGAACUGCUACUAUCUGAUUAUGGAGCUUUGCCUAGGAGGAAGUCUGAUGCAGAAAAUCUAUGAGCAAAAGCGACUAGAGGAACCCGAGGCCCAAAAGUAUGUAAAGCAACUUAUGAUGGCAGUGGAUCAUCUUCAUCGAGUUGGGGUGGUUCACAGGGACUUGAAAAUUGAAAAUCUAUUGUUGGAUGAAGAAAACAAUAUAAAACUGAUAGAUUUUGGAUUGAGUAACUGUGCAGGAAUUUUGGGAUAUUCAGAUCCUUUCAGCACUCAGUGUGGAAGUCCUGCUUAUGCUGCCCCUGAGCUUCUGUCAAGAAAAAAGUAUGGCCCAAAAGUGGAUGUCUGGUCAAUAGGUGUCAACAUGUAUGCAAUGCUGACUGGGACGUUGCCAUUUACUGUGGAGCCUUUCAGUUUGAGAGCCUUGUACCAGAAGAUGGUUGACAAAGAGAUGAAUCCCUUACCUCCACACAUUUCCACAGGUUUUGCGGCAGUGAAUAUGCUGACGAACCUACUGGAACCUAACCCAGUCAAGCGUCCUGAUAUACAACAAGCUUUGGCAAAUCAGUGGCUAAAUGAAAAUAACCAAACACUGUCUAAUUAUCAGAAUCCAUAUUUAAACAGGAGUCUCAUGGAGCAGCUGAACCAGAAUGUGCUGGUGCACAUGACCCAAAAAAUGGGGUUUAAAUAUCAUGAAGUAGUAAACACAGUACUGUCCAACAGGGCCUGCCACACUCUCGCUGUGUAUUUCUUGUUGAACAAGAAAAUUCAGCGCUACUCAAAAGUACUUAAAGAGGUACAGUACAAGGAAGAAGAUCACAUACAUAGUAUGCUGCAGGCUACUAGUAUAAACAAAAAUGAAAAAGCCCCCUUUACAAUUCCACAAGAAAAUUCUUCUAGUGUGGUACGAGGCACAAAGAUUUAUAUGAAGGAUAAAAAACAGAUAUCUCAAGAUGAAACAGCUAUUCUACGAGUCUUUUCAAACUCUAAUGAAACUAAGAUGGCCAGUGGUGAAUGCUUAGCAAAUGUUUCCUUAGAGCCCCUUGAGAUGGCACCGGUUUUCCCAAAGACACCACAGCCAAUUAGAAAAUUGGAAUUCUGCCAGUACAAGAAGGAUUCUCACUUGAACAGCUGCACCAAUCAUUCUUCUCAUUCUGAAAACAGAGGUACCAACCAAACAGAAUCAACACCAUGGUACAAAUUUGCUACUUGUGCUUUAUCUUCCAAAUGUUUUAAAGAAAAUGCUUGUAAUACUGCAUCAGUAAGUAAAAAGAUAGAAAAUAAGCCCUUUAAUCACCACAUUAACACAGAAGAGAUGAACCCCAUGGUAUCUGAAAAUGCAUCAUCAGAAUGGAGAGUGUUUGAAAGUACUGGUGUAGAUAAAACAGAAAGCCUGAAAUGUGCUAAAAAUAGAGGGCGAUUCCCAAUGAUGGGGGUUGGACAGAUGCUUAAGAGGAGAAACCAACAUCUUCAGUUGAAAGCAGAAAAAUUAAUGGAACUGAAAACACCAACACAGAAAGCGCACGGGGUUCAAGAAACAAUAAUUGAUGAGGGUAAACUGACAAGUCUGUGCUGACUGUGGCCUGUCCACCAUAUUUUUUUACAAGUUAGGCAACCUACCUGAACAUUCAGCUCACUAUAUGUAACAAAGUCCACCUCACUCAAAAGCACCAGCACCCCAUAGCAUAUGCCAUUUCUCUUUUAAUUUCUUUCUAGUGAAUUGAAACGUGACAACUUCUUAUAUUUCAUGUUAUAUUAUUAAUUUACAAAUACAGUAGUCACUCUUAAACGUAUUGAAAUAUAAAUGGGACACAACUGGGUGGUGAUCUUCAUAAAAUGUUUAUCUUAAAAAGUGAAUGCUGUCAGGACUAUACAGGUGCUGGUCAUAAA